UUUGGUUAUAAAAAUGGAGCCGGUUGAGAUCCCCGCUGAAAUCGAGAGCAAUACCAAUCAGGUUAAGAACAGAAUCCUCUUCCUCUCACAAUCUGUGCUGAAUGGAGAAGAAAGAGAAUGAAGGAAGGAAGACUUUGAACCCAUGGAGAACUCUGGUAUUGGAGUUGGAGGAUUUGGGAAGGUCUAUAAGGUCAGACACAAGAAAUCUAGAAAUAUAUAUGCCAUCAAGGUCAUCAACAAGGCCAAGAUUAUCCAAAAUGAUCUGGUUGAGCAGAUUAAGCUGGAGGUCAGAAUUAUGUACGAACUUGAGCAUGACCAUAUCGUUAAACUCUAUAACCAUUAUGAAGAUGAAGAUAAUUUCUAUCUGAUCUUGCAAUUUUGUAGUAGAGGACAACUCUAUACCUUGCUGAAGAAGGAAGGAAGAUUAAAUGAGAAGCAGACUGCUAAGUACAUGAGAGAGAUUAUUAGUGCUGUUGAGUACCUACAUUCACUUGAUCCUCCCAUUAUUCAUAGAGAUAUCAAACCAGAAAAUAUCCUUCUUGAUUCCAACGAUUCUGUAAAGCUCUGAGAUUUUGGAUGGUCUAACUUCUUUAAUGAUAGUGCGAAGAGAGAAACUUACUGUGGAACCCCAGAGUAUUUAGCUCCAGAAAUGAUCGAACAAAAGGGACAUAAUAAGAAUCUUGAUAUUUGGAAUCUUGGAGUCCUAUUCUUUGAACUUCUAACAGGAAGACCUCCAUUUGAAGGGAAGGGUCAACAAGGUCUUUUUCAAAAUAUUUUAAAUUUCAAAGUCAGAUGGCCUAAAGGAUUCUCUGGGGUUGCUAAAGACUUGGUUAUUAAAUUACUUAAGUCAAACCCAGAUAGCAGAAUUGGGCUGUCUGAAAUAUUGGAGCAUCCUUGGUUCCAAGCUCACCAACCUUCAAAGCCAACUAUUUCUAAAAUAUUGAUCCCUCAGAAGAAGCUCGAUCAGUGUGGUGAAAUUGAAAAAGGGAAAUAUGCUGUUAUUUCAAAGCCGUCCCUAAAGAACAAGAUUGAGUCUGAUUCCAAAUCAAAGACUAAGCUAAUGAUAUCCUCAGAUCAGCCAGAUUCAGUCAUGACAAGGAUGAAUAAGCAAGUAAGAGAGCUCACAGAUGAAAACAAUGAAUUAAAAAUUCAAAACAAGAUGCUUUCUAAAGAUUUAGAAAAUGCUCAGAAAGAGAAUGCAGAGCUUAAAGAAGCAAUGAGCAAGUCCUCCCUUAUUCUUGAAGAUCAUGAGGAGACUAAACUUCUGAAGAGUAAGAUCCAACAACUUGAAGCUUAUAAGAAAGAAGUCCUGAUAGAUCUUGAAGACCGGAAAAAGAGAAUGAGACAGACUGAAACCCAACUUGAAAUGAAAGGAAAUGAGCUAGAGAUGCUGGCUAACACUAAUCACACAGCGAUUGAGAAGUCAGAGAAUUAUAAGAUCAAGCUUGAUAAAUUAGAAGUCGAGAACGAAGAACUUAGAACUCGUGUACAGAAAGCUGAGAGAGAAAGAGAUCAAAUUGAGAUGGAAUCAAAGAACAAAAUGGAGGUUCUUCAGUACAAGCUAUUGAAUAAGUUCGAGACUGAUGAUAAGCAAGAUGAUACUGCCUUUGACCAACUCCUCAACUUAUGCAAAGCCGAGCUCGAAGAAAUCUUGGAUAAGGUCAAAAAGAAGGACGAUGAGGACGGUGAUCUGCUCUCAUCAGAAUCUUUGGAAGACUCCUGGUCUCAACAAUCUAAGAAGAUUAACCAAAUGAAGACUGAAUAUGAGCAAGAAAUCAAUGAGAAUCUUAAGAAGAUUGAUGAUCUUACCACAGAGGUUGAGGAGGUUAAAAGAACACUCCAUAGAAAGUACAAGAGUGACAUUGAUGAGAAGAAUAAGGCUAUCGUAAACCUUAGAUCAUUUGAGACCAAGUACCAGCAAGAAGUUGAAAAGAACAAGAGCUAUGAAGAACAGCUGAAAGACCUCUCUGAUAAAAAUAAAGCUCUAGAGCUUGAUAACAAUGUGUUAAAGCAGGAGAAAACCUUGAUAACCGAGAAAAAGCAGAAUCUGACAGAAAAGCUUCAAGAAUACGAAAGCAAAUAUCCAAAAAUGAGAUAA